AUGGCUUCAGUGGGGGGAUCGAAGAACCAGUUGAGCCUCUUCCUCGUGCUGAAGACAAACCUCUCCCUCUCCCAAGAGAUGGAGGUGGAGGAACAUGGGAGCCCUUACUACCAGGAGGUGCAGGCGGAGCAGGCCCCGAUCCACGGCCAGGUGGCAGUGGGGGUGCAGCUGGUUUUGAACCAAGACCUGGUGGAAGUGGUGGUGGAGCAGGAGUCGCACCUCGUCCGGCAGGCGGUGGAGGCGGUGGUGGAGCAGGAGCUGCACCUCGUCCGGCAGGCGGUGGAGGCGGUGGUGGAGCAGGAGCCGCACCUCGUCCGGCAGGCGGUGGAGGCGGUGGUGGUGGUGGAGGAUGAGAAGAGGGACCACUUACUUGUGCACUGCCUUCAGAACCAACAGGCGGUUCAGGAGGUGAUAGUGGAGAAGAGAAAGAAAGCCCUUCCUCACGGUCCAUUAGAGGUGGAUAAAGCAAGAGAAUCCGACUGGGUAUCACUAUCCAUCACAGACUGGUUGGGAUCAUUCAUGGUUGUCGGUAUUGGCUUCACCGAGUCUACAGAAGGUCUGAGAUCUGAAACUUCCUCUAAUAUAGAAUCCACUGAUGAACGGUCAUCCAGCAAAAACUCCGGCACACUGGCCUUCUCCGAGUCCAGAAAAUCGAGACUGUCGGCAAUGCUAGAUGAGUUGUUUUCCUCCUCUGAGUCGAUAGGCGACCCGUAG